CGGAGUUGGACGUGCAGUACCGUCCUGGAUCUCCUGUCUGAUUUGUAAUAAACCGGACCGCUCUGGCCAGUGCUGGGGGUGAAGAGUAAAUAAGGUCAAUAAAGCAGCUGAAUUAACUGGCAGAAGAAAUCUUUCCUUUGGCCAUCAUCUCAGGGACAACAGCUACAGUGAAAAGGAGUGGGAUUAAUAUCAGCUCCCCUUUUUCCUGAUCACACCUCUGCUGUCUUUAAGGCAGACGGGAAGAUAGUACUAAUGUCAGCAAAGACGAUGGAGACAACGACCGGUGUGUCCAAUGGAGCAGGGCCUGUAUAUGAGGAAAAAGAGGAUACCCUCAGUCCUGAGGAUCUGUCUGAGGUGCUUGCAGCAGGGACCAAGGAGGUUCACGAAAAGGCUGAAAACACCCAGUUUGUAAAAGAUUUCCUCAGGGGACGCAUACGUAAAGAGCUCUUCAAGCUUGGUGCUGUUGCACUCUACUAUACUUACACAGCCAUGGAGGAGGAGAUUGAAAGGAACAAAGACCACCCCCAUUUUGCCCCUUUAUAUUUUCCAGCAGAGCUGCACCGCCAUGAAGCCCUGGCCCGUGACCUCGAGUACUUUUACGGUCCUGACUGGCAGAGCCAGAUCAGCUGCUCCCAGGCCACUCAGCACUAUGUGGACCGUAUCCAUCAAGUAGGGCAGGAGGACCCAGUGCUGCUAGUGGCCCACGCCUACACCCGCUAUAUGGGGGACCUGUCCGGGGGCCAGGUACUGAAGAAGGUGGCGCAAAGAGCCAUGAAGCUGCCGCCCACAGGGGAGGGCCUAGAAUUCUAUCAGUUUGAUGGCAUCCAUAGUGCCAAAGCAUUCAAGCAGCUGUACCGUAGUCGCAUGAAUGAGCUGGAACUGGACAUGGAAACAAAGAGGAGGCUCGUAGAAGAAGCUGUCAAGGCUUUCCAGUUCAACAUGGAGGUGUUUGAGGAGUUGGAAGAGAUCGGUAAAACCAUCCAGGAGGAUGUUUUAGAUGCUGGCAUGCCCGUCCAUGGAGCGAUGGGUGGAGACAUCAGCAAGUGUCCGUACUAUGCUGCUAAAAUGGCGGCAUCGGGUGGAACAGCGUACGCCUGCCAACUCGCCAUGGCGGUACUCCGACACCCAACAGGACAGGUCCUGCUUGCUACUUGGUUUGCUGUUCUGGCUGGAUUGGCUGCGUGGUAUCUGAUGUGAUCCGGCCAUCACCCUGUCACUCUGCUGCUGUUAAGAGAGAGAGGAGAAACUCAGAGAGAAAGACAGUAAGGAGACUAGAAAAUUCCUCAAGCUGUGUAGACCAUUUUAUAGUUUCAAACAAACAUUCUGAAUGGGUCCAGGUUUAUUUAAUGUGACUUGUUUGUAGAGUAGUUGACAGGAAAUAAACUUGGAUCUAUUUCUUUUUAAUGGAAUUCCAAUGACAUGAUCUGGAGGACCAUUAGAAUAUCUUCUCCAUCCAUUCAUCCAUCCAUUAAGGAACAACUUGUUGCAAUCAAUCUUUUUAUUUCUCUACCUCCUGCACACUAUCCCUCCAUCUCGUGUCCUUCCAGUGUGUUUGGUUGUAUCUCAAGACCUUUUGAAGCGAUACUUUUUCUGACAGUGUUAAUAGCUAAAUUGUCGUGAAAUUACAUUUUCCCAAUUCGAAAUGAAACUGCUAGAUUGACAAAGCAUGCUGACUUUAGGAUGUCGCCAAUGAAUAAUUGGCUAUGUGGUGAUAAAUAAUGAUGAAUUGAUUGUAAAAAUGAAUUUAUGGCGAGUUUAGUAAAAACAUGUUAAAACACACUAUGCAUAUAUUAUGCAGUAUGUAUAAUUGCACAGUAUGUUUUUGCUGGGCAGUCUGCCGUGUUGGUUUUGAAUGAAGCCUCUGUGUUGUUUGCGUUGAGAUUUAAAUUUGACCAGAGAGAAGUUCCAAAGAUAAAGCUAAAACACGGUGCACUGCAAUUACUUUCUUUUUUAAAUCCACGAUCAUUAAUCAUGACUCAAACAUGGCCUCAAAUGUUUCCAAAAAGUUUGUGCAAGUGUACGGUGAGACAGGUGAUAGGAAUCAAAAGCUUUUUUUUUUUCUUCAAAUAUAGCACACCUACACUUAGACAAGUGUAUGAUUCUUAUACAUUUCAGAUACUUGUGAAUGAACUAGAUAUUUGAAUCUCUACAGAUGCAUGUUCAAAUUUACUACUUCUUUGUCUCGUAAUUAUGCAAUAUGGCAUCUUGUAUUUCAAGAAAAAAACUGCCUGUUGUUGCCUGUUAACUAUCCAAGAUGAUUGCCUCAUUGAUGAUUCAUUUUUACCUGCCACAUGAGCCUAUUUUAGGACAGAGGUGUUCUGGAAGUGAUUGCAGCAUUUUUAACAGGAAAUUACCCUUUUGUAAUGGUAAUGGUUUGUCUACAUGAGCGGGACAUUUGUCUGAGUGUUGUGGUUUGUUAUGAACCACUUCAGGUUAGGUAUUAUAUAUAGGCAGGGCCUUCAGCAGCUCAGCUCACGUUCAUGUAUCCAUUUGUUAUGGUUAUAUCAGUGAGCAUCAUCACUAAAAUGGUGUAAGCAUAAUUCAUUCAUACUGUAUGUUGGGAACAACUUUUCCAAUUGUGCACAACUGUUUUUUCAACAUAGAUAAGGAGGAUUAUAUUAUGCUGUGUGUACUAUAUGCAGUGUAAUUGCACUGUUUUGCUAUUGAAGUUUAAUAUUUAUCCUAACAGUAAUGACAUUUUUAUUAACUUUAUCUUUCCAAGCCAUUUUUUCCUUUGCUUGGAUUUUUCCUGUCUCAUAUCAUACCAAAGGAAACCCACUGAAAACAUUUCUACCAGGUUCCUUUGCUGUGUGUGUUUGCUCAACACAUUCACACAUAAAUGGAUGUACAGUGUUCACUUUUUAUCAAAUCUCAUUCAGAUUUGAUCAGAUGUGUGAUGACUAAGUGAUGAUGUGUUUUGCAUUUGAGAGUCUCAGGUUCAUGUCGCAGUCAGAUGGCAAUACAAUGCACUGCAUAUGGAGGACUAAUACAGGGACUGCCCUAAUAUACUCCUGUAGUUCAACGUCCAUGUUUUAUGUUGGGUUUUUUUUUUUUAUGCCAGUGUGAUGUGUCAAAAUGCCACAGUAUUUUUGGACAUAUUGAAGGGACGCUUACUGGAAUCUCAGGAGUAAAAGUAGUUUUGGCCAUUUGAUUAAACCUUGAAGUGAGUGGGAUGCUUGACUAAUUCAUGUUGAUUUUGAAUUAAAUUUCAUAAACUCUCCUCUUAAUUCCUUUGUGUAUCUUACUGGACAAAGUUUUACAGUGUUUGGCUUGAAGACCCUCAUUGUAUGAGAGUGAAACCACAGGAGUAUGUUGUGCUGCCUGUAAUGAAAUAAAAUCUGUUCCUGCUCAUGCUAAAA